GUGUCAUUUUACAUCACCUCUGAACUCAAACCUGUAACUGAGCAAGACGCAACUUUACUUAUAACAGUUAUGAAGUGUUUUUUGACAUCAUCUGUAAUGAUGUGUUAACGUAACGCGCGUGUUGAGUAUGUGACACUUUGAUCGCCAAAUAAACGGUAAAAAUACAGUUUUAGCUGUAUUUUGUUGAAUUUGUUGUGUUGUUAGGCUUUCCCUCACUAUCCAAUCGGUUCCUCCACAGCUCUCGAGAAAGCGGGCGCUAUUCCUGAAGUUUCGCUCCAGGGUAUGGCAUGGUAAAACAGGCUUGUGAUGUGAUGCUAUCCAAAUUUAUGCAUAUUUCUGCCUGCCAGCCUUUAUUUCCUUCUUGAGAAAUGUUUGUUCAGUGUUGAGUUUCUCCACCGUCAUUAGUCAGAGAAAAACGCUUGGACAUAAGAGAUGAAAUCAAUAACCCAUUUCUUUGUAGAGAGCUGAUGGUGGCUUCUAGAGAGCAAGUUUUUUUUUUUUUGGCUGCAAAGAGUAAUGGAAACAUGCUGGCAUGAGUGGUGGGUUGAUGCAUCAUAAGAGUUCAUUAAAAAUGGAAAAGUCCUUUUCCCUUGCUUUGUUCUCACCUGUGAUAACCGCCCGCUUCACUGAAGAGAAAUCAACAGCCUGGUGGUGUUACAGCAUAAUUAAAAAGUGCCCAUUUGCACAUGUAUCGCAUUUGUCAUUUGCCUAGCUGUUUCUGUGUGUGCGCAUAUACAGUAUGUGUGCUUGUGUGCUUGUGUACUUUAAGUAUAUACAGUCUAUACUGUAAUCAUGGCCCUGCCCUGUGCUCAUGACAGGAUUGGACUCGGCUGUGGCUAACUAACCUUAAAGUGUACCGUCGGCUUCUUCUUUUGAAUCCUCUAACAUGUGGUCUUGUUUAAACAGUGUUAAAACCAUUUUGAUUCAAAGUGGAAUCAUUACCUCUUUUUUAACAGCUGCUACUCUAAGAAAAAAAACCGGCCAUAAGCAUUUCUAAUAAUCAGGCUUCCUCCGAAUAAAUGCUGCAAUUUAGCCGAGUGAAAGAUCGCAUGAAGGAGUUUUAGAGGGAGCCAGCUGCACAUCUAUCAACUGCCUCUAUAAUGAAGAAUGGAAACAAAAGCUGAGUGUAAAGUCCUCCUCUUACAAGAAGUUUCAGCUGCAUGCAACCUUUCAGCAGGGUUUUCAUCGUGAACUCUUAGAGACGCGCACUGAACCAGAUACAUUUUCCUGCAUAUUCAUUUUACCUUUUUUUAGCUCUGGAAAAAAAACAACACAAUCUUCUCUGUGUUUAGAGCAAGUCUCAGGAUUGCACCGAGGAAACAACCCAGAGUUCUACAGGCAACCAUAAACUAAAUGUGUCUAACAAUACAGAACUCUGUUCUGUUCUUCUGUUGAAAUUAUAUACCAAAAAAAAGAGAAGAGAAUUGCAACCUUGCCAUUAGGUUUUGUGGCACUUAUCACAGUGCAUUACUUUACUUUAGACGUCGAAGUGUAGAAAAGGAAGCUAGAGAAGUUUCUAAAUUAUGAUUAUGAUAUCAGCUGUGAUAUAUUUAAAGAGGUGACCAGUUCAUUGAAGUUCUGUUAGAAGAACUAUUUUAUCCUAAAACAGAAAUGUUUUGACAGUGAUAUUUUAGAGAAACCCCUCCCUGAAAUAAGAAGUCUAUUCAUCUUAUGCAUGUUCUGCAUUUACCCUCCUUAAUUAAGAUAGAAGACACACAUGUCUAAACACCCAGUACUUAGAGGUUAGCUGGUAAAUGUAUAGAGCUGUGUGGCCUCUGCCAGCUUUACUGAGCAGAAGCAGGUCCCAGCAGACGCACUCAUUCCAUACAUCUGUAAUUACAGCAAAUUUGAGAGUUUUUGCAGCGACGUCCCAGUUAAAGAAAGCACCCACCCUGCCAUGGUCAACAUGGUCCAAUCUAGUCUGGGAGGUAGUGCAGAGCAGACGUUACAACGUAUUGGGAUAAGAAAACAGUAAAAGAAGAUUGAACACGUAGACAGGAAUUGUUUUAUAAGUUGGUAUAGUAGGAAUCAGGGUGAAAGAUCCAGCUGUUUAACAGCUGUCUCAAUAACAGUAUAUAUCACUACUUGUCUGAAGCAUGCAUUUACCACUGAUAGUGUCCCAUUUGCACUUUGCACCAUUGUAGUAAGGUCUCUGGAUUGUUUGAUUGAUUAGUUUCAAACAUUCAGCUCGGACUGGGGACUGGGGAGAGUUAUCCGUUGUGUUGUUCAGUAAUUCGCUCUUAUCAGAGCUGAUUUCCUCAUGUGGUCAGUUAGCUUUUCAGCUAGAAUUUAGCUUAUCUGAAAUAUUACAUGGCGUGUUUGAGGGACUUUUGCUCCCCUGAUGGUCAGUGUUGUACAGUACAGUGAUAUCACCUCCCCUGAUGCUGUGCUCUCAUUACAUUAGUUAGCUAGCUGGCAUCCGCUAUGCUGUCCCUGUGCUGAUGUCAUCUCUAGGAGUCUCCUCUACUUCUCUCCUAGCAUCCCUCCUCGUCUCUCUCUCUCUCUCUUUGCUAGAUGUCUGAGCAAGUGAGGGCUUGUUUAGGGAGGUGGGUGGACUAGAUGGAACUCCUCUGGCCGGGGAUCAGUGGAGUGAGAGUGAGAGAAACAGGGCUUUCAGGGCUGGAUCGCGCUCCCUGGAGAAAGGCAAUUUUGCCCUAUCAGACAGCCAGCCUUUCCGCUGAUGCAUCAUAGCCGUAAAGGGAGUGGGUCAUGGAGAUUGACAAACAACAACAGAGCAAAGAAUCUGUGUUCUUCCGGGAUGGAGUGCGUAUGAUUGAUUUUGUCCUGUCCUAUGUAGACGAUAAAGAUGGUGAGAGAAAACAGGAGAGGAGAAGGCUGUAUGAGGCCAAUCUAGUGAACGUCGGCCUGGAGCUGGAGACAGAAGAUAAAUCGGAGUCAGACGAUGGAAAGACUUACUUUGUGAAGAUCCACGCUCCAUGGGAAGUGUUGGCCACCUACGCAGAUGUGCUGAAGGUUAAGGUCCCAUUCAAGGCCAACGACAUCCCAGACAACAGCGACACGCCGAUGAACUGGCUGUCCACCCCUUUCCGUCUGCCGGAGCACAUCAUGCACCCCCAGCCAGACUAUUUCACAGCUCCCUUUGACAAGAGCAAGUCUGACUUCUUCCUUAUCGACAACAAAGAUACGUUCUUCUCGCCUUCUACUCGCAACAGGAUACUCUACUACAUCCUGUCCCGCUGUUCGUACUUCAGGGAUGAAUGUGGAGAUAAAGACAAGAAGGGGAUCAAGAGGUUGCUCAACAAUGGCACCUACACUGCUGCCUUCCCCCUGCAUGAUUGUAGAUACUGGUCAAGAUCGAAGGAUGCUAACUGCGAAAGUGACAGAUACAAUCUCCACAAACACUGGGCCAGAUUCUUCUGUUUCUUCAAGGAGCAGCCCCUCAAUCUUAUAAGGAAGUAUUAUGGGGAGAAGAUAGGUAUUUAUUUUGCGUGGCUGGGCUUCUACACUGAGAUGCUGUUGUUUGCUGCAAUAGUUGGAACGAUUUGUUUCAUCUAUGGAUUACUCACUUACGAUGACAACGAUUGGAGUAAAGAAAUAUGUAGUGAGCAGGUCGGGGGGCAUAUUGUCAUGUGCCCGUUGUGUGACAAGAAAUGUGGCUACUGGAAACUCAACACAACAUGCAACUCCUCAUGGCAAUCGCACCUAUUUGACAAUGUGGGGACAGUGUUUUUCGCCAUAUUUAUGGGGAUUUGGGUGACGCUGUUUCUGGAGUUCUGGAAGAGGCGGCAGGCUCGUCUCGAGUACGAAUGGGAUCUGGUCGACUUUGAGGAGGAACAACAGCAGCUUCAGCUUCGGCCAGAGUACGAAUCCAAGUGCACCAACCGAAAGCUGAACCGCAUCACUCAGGAAAUGGAACCAUACUUACCCAUAACAAGCAAGUGUGCACGCACAUGUCUGUCUGGAGCCACGGUCCUGUUAUGGAUCUCAUUGAUCAUUGCCUGCAUCAUUGGGGUGAUUGCGUACCGCCUGGCGGUAUACGCAGCCUUCGCCAGCAUCAUGAAGGACAGUGCCACCAGCCACCUACAGGUGGUUGGCCCUUACAUCACGCCACAGCUGGCCACUUCUGUCACAGCCUCCUGCAUCAACUUUGUUAUCAUCAUGAUCCUCAACCUCAUGUAUGAGAGAGUGGCUGUUUGGAUCACUGACAUGGAGAUUCCCAAGACCCACCUGGAGUAUGAGAACAAACUGACGGUGAAGAUGUUCCUCUUCCAGUUUGUAAACUACUACUCCUCCUGCUUCUACGUGGCUUUCUUUAAGGGAAAGUUUGUCGGCUUUCCUGGAGAUUAUGAGUAUAUGUUUGGCAGCAAACUGAGGAAUGAAGAGUGUGACCCUGGGGGCUGUUUGAUUGAGUUGACCACCCAGCUGGUGAUAGUGAUGACUGGUAAACAGGUGUGGGGCAACAUCCAGGAGGCUCUGGUCCCGUGGCUGAUGAACUGGUGGGGCAGCAGGAAGGCACGAAACCACCCAGAGAGUCUGUACAGCCGCUGGGAGCAGGACCACGACCUGCAGUGCUUUGGACAGCUGGGCCUCUUCUACGAGUACUUGGAAAUGGUGAUCCAGUUUGGUUUCAUCACACUGUUCGUCGCCUCCUUUCCACUGGCACCCCUGCUGGCACUUAUCAACAACAUCAUCGAGGUUAGAGUGGAUGCCUGGAAGCUCACCACUCAAUUCAGACGUCCUGUGGCAGCAAAGGCUCACAGCAUCGGAGCCUGGCAGGAAAUCCUCAAUGGGAUGGCCGUACUCUCUGUGGUCACAAAUGCGUUUAUUGUGGCCUUCACCUCCGAUAUGAUCCCUCGGCUUGUGUACAUGUACGCCUACCAGCCAGACGGUGAGAUGAAUAUGAAAGGCUACAUAAACAACAGCCUGUCUGUGUUUAACAUCUCUGCGUUCCCACUGGCCAACAAGCCUGAUGACGGGGAAAGCCCUUCCUGGUUCAACAGCUCCAUCACUACCUGCAGGUAUCGUGAUUACCGCUACCCUCCUGGCCAUGAGAAGCAGUACUCCGUCACAAUGCAGUUCUGGCAUAUUCUGGCUGCCAAGUUGGCUUUCAUCAUUAUCGUGGAGCAUGUUGUGUUCCUGGUCAAGUUCUUUGUGGCCUGGAUGAUUCCUGAUGUUCCCUCUGACGUGAGGGCUCGGGUAAAGAGAGAGCGCUACCUGGUCCAGGAGUAUCUCCAUAACUACGAAGUGGAGAAACUGAAGAUCCAACUCAGCCAAAACGGCCACAGUGAUUGUACCUGCACGCCCAUGAUCUAUCCGUCUAUACCCAAACAUGAGGUGCUGUCUGAGUGUCUCUAGCCCAGCGAGCUGCUGGUCAAUCAGCUGGACAUGAUGGGAGGACAUGUUGGUGUAGAUUACCCUGCUUGUGUAUUAUGAUACUGACCACCACUUUGCUGUAGUGCCUGUGGUGUUUGUCCAGUACACACACACACACACACACACACACACACACACAC